AGUCGGCGACGUCAUCACGAAGACACGUGACCGUGUUUGGGGAAGACGAUCGAGAUUGUGCCGCGGUGAAUCAGCGCGCGUUUAAAACGUUUACAAUUAAUAACGUCAACAUAUUAAAAAAAAAACAUACGAUAUACAGCACUCGUGAAGAUGUCGUCUCCCAGUGUAAAAGGCGUGUUGGUGGACGAUAGCGCGAGCUCUGACAAUUCCCUGCUGCCCGUGCUCAAGACCCUACUCUUCUUCACCAUCCUCAUGAUCACCAUGCCUAUCGGCCUCUACUUUGCAACCAAGGUCUAUGUCUUUGAGGGAUCACUGGGUAUGUCAAACCGCGACAGCUACUUCUAUGCAGCAAUCGUGGCAGUGGUGGCGGUGCACGUGGUGCUGGCCAUGUUCGUUUACGUUGCAUGGAACGAGGGCUCUCGGCAGUGGCGUGACGGAAAGCAGGACUGAUGACUCAAAGUGGAGGUCCCUAUCCAGGUUGGGAGACAAGAUCGUGACCUGCAGGUGCAAAUGUCGAGACUGCCACAGGAGCAGCAAAGCUGUUCAUAGUUCUAACGCUGCUGACAGCCUGUGUAAAUUACCACCUAACGUUUUAACGGAGCAUUCCGAAAUCAUAAAAUCAUGCAACAUACUGGGGAAAUAUCAGGUGGCUGCUUGGUUAUAGGUGGUAUUUAACAUGUUUCUUUCUGAAGAAUAUAUGCGGAUUGCAAAUAGGAAAUACUCAAAUUCCAACUGUUGUUUAUUUGUUUUGCCGUUAUGGUUUCAGUAGGUGGCGCUCUGUUUUCUUGUAAAACAGAAGCCUCCAUAUUUGUAAAUCAAGCAUUUUUUGGAACGUUAUCGCCUGAAUGUUGUGUCCAAGUGUUAUAUAUUGUAUGUCGUAAUUGGUGACCCCUUUUUCCCAACUUUCCAAUUAAACAUACUGAAACCAUA